GUCUGUGACUCCUAUCCUACAGAAGUGUAUGUACCAAAGUCUGCAACUGCACACAUCAUAGUGGGGAGCUCUAAAUUUCGGAGCCGAAGACGCUUCCCAGCUCUUUCCUACUACUGCAAGGAUAACAAUGCUUCCAUAUGCAGAAGCAGCCAGCCUUUAUCUGGCUUUAGUGCUCGAUGCCUGGAGGAUGAACAGAUGCUCCAGGCCAUUAGAAAAGCAAAUCCAGGAAGUGAUUUCAUAUAUGUUGUUGACACACGGCCCAAACUCAAUGCAAUGGCAAACAGAGCAGCAGGGAAGGGAUAUGAAAAUGAAGACAACUACUCCAACAUCAAGUUUCAAUUCAUAGGCAUUGAGAACAUCCAUGUCAUGAGAAACAGUCUGCAGAAAAUGCUUGAAGUUUGUGAGCUGAAAUCACCUUCGAUGAGUGACUUUCUGUGGGGCCUAGAAAAUUCUGGCUGGCUGAAGCAUAUCAAAGCCAUUAUGGAUGCUGGCAUUUUUAUUGCAAAGGCUGUGGCUGAGGAAGGUGUGAGUGUGCUUGUUCACUGCUCUGAUGGCUGGGAUAGGACAGCCCAGGUUUGCUCUGUAGCAAGCCUUCUAUUGGAUCCAUAUUACAGAACUAUGAAGGGAUUCAUGGUGUUAAUUGAAAAAGACUGGGUUUCCUUUGGUCACAAAUUUAACCACAGGUAUGGCAACUUAGAUGGAGAUCCAAAGGAGAUAUCCCCUGUUAUCGACCAGUUCCUCGAGUGUGUUUGGCAAUUAAUGGAACAGUUUCCUUGUGCCUUCGAAUUCAAUGAGAGAUUCCUCAUCCACAUACAGCAUCAUAUCUAUUCUUGCCAGUUUGGGAAUUUUCUCUGUAACAGCCAGAAGGAGAGACGAGAGCUGAAAAUCCAAGAACGAACAUAUUCAUUGUGGGCUCACUUGUGGAAAAAUCGUGCAGAUUACCUGAAUCCUUUGUAUCGACCUGACCACACUAAAACCCAAGGGACCCUGCACCCUCAGAUGGCUCCAUGCAACUUCUUGUACAAGUUCUGGAGUGGUAUGUACAACCGCUUUGAAAAGGGGCUGCAUCCUCGACAGUCAGUUACUGAUUAUCUGAUGGCAGUGAAGGAAGAAACUCAGCAGCUGGAAGAAGAGCUGGAGGUCUUAGGAGAGAGAUUGGCAAAUCUUCAGAAAUCACAAUUAAAUGGUAAUAAAGUCAAGAGUAAGCAACAAGACCAAACCAAACAUUUAGGGCUUUCUACUUCCAGCAACAGCUUAGCUAACACUCCCCAGGAGUAUAGCAGUGACCUGAAAUCAUUCCCAUCCCGGAGCCCUUCACAAGGGGAUGAAGAAGAUUCAGCCCUGAUUUUGACACAGGACAACCUGAAAAGCUCCGAUCCUGACCUCUCAGCUAAUAGUGAUCAGGAGUCUGGUGUGGAGGACUUAAGCUGUAGGUCCCCAAGUGGCGGUGGCUGCUUGCCUAGUGAAGACAGUGGCAAGGAUUCAGAUGAGGCUGUAUUUCUGACAGUCUGA